AUGGCCGUGGCUGAAGUGCAGGACUAUAUUCAAAGCUCUGGCAAAAUGCUGCAAGAGGCGAACCAGCCAGCGCACCUGUCGUAUGAGAACAUGACUCGCAGACAGCGUGAGUUGUACGACAAAGUCAAGACGCCUGAAUCCGACCAUAUUUGGUUUCUCGACCAACAGAUUGGCGAUGCUGGAGCCCAGGCGAUUUCUGAGGCACUCAAAGUGAACACGACGUUGACUCAGUUCGGUGUGGGCACGAAUCAGAUUGGCGAUGCUGGAGCGACUGCAAUUGCUGAAGCACUCAAAGUGAAUGGGAAGCUGUAUUGGGCCGAGCUGGAGGAUAACCAAAUUGGCGAUGCGGGAGCCCAGGCGAUUGCCGAGGCACUCAGAGUGAACACGACGCUGAAAGAUCUCAUACUGUACGCGAACCGGAUUGGCGAUGCGGGAGCUCAGGCGCUUGCCGAGGCACUCAAAGUGAACAAGACGCUGACUAGCCUCAGGUGCAGGAUCUCGCUUUGA